UCCGCGCGCGGCUGGGCUAGGAGUGAGUGCAGUCGCUCCGUCGGUCUCGGGGUCGAGGGGUGAGGGCACCAUGGCGUCCGGCUGCAAAACUGAGUUACGCAGUGUGACAAAUUGUCAGUCUAACCAACCAAGUAAUGAAGGCGAUGCUAUCAAAGUUUUUGUGCGAAUUCGCCCACCUACAGAGGGUUCUGGAUCAGCUGAUGGAGAGCAAAACUUAUGCCUAUCUGUGCUGUCCUCUACGACUGUCCGGCUGCACUCCAACCCUGAGCCCAAAACCUUCGUAUUUGAUCAUGUGGCAGAAAUGGACACCACUCAGGAGUCUGUGUUCUCAACUGUGGCCAAAGGCAUUGUGGAGUCUUGCAUGAGUGGCUAUAAUGGUACCAUCUUUGCAUAUGGACAGACUGGUUCAGGGAAAACAUUUACUAUGAUGGGACCAUCUGAAUCUGAUCAUUUUUCUCAUAACCUGAGAGGAGUAAUUCCACGAAGUUUUGAAUAUUUGUUUUCCUUAAUUGAACGUGAAAAAGAGAAGGCUGGAGCUGGAAAGAGUUUUCUUUGUAAGUGUUCCUUUAUUGAAAUCUACAACGAGCAGAUCUAUGACCUCCUGGACUCUGCUUCGGCUGGACUGUACUUAAGGGAGCAUAUUAAGAAGGGAGUCUUCGUUGUUGGUGCUGUGGAGCAGGUGGUGACCUCAGCUGCUGAAUCCUAUCAGGUGUUGUCUGGAGGGUGGAGAAACAGACGUGUAGCAUCAACAUCAAUGAAUAGAGAAUCCUCUAGGUCUCAUGCAGUCUUUACAAUUACAAUAGAGUCGAUGGAGAAGAGCCAUGAAACUGUGAACAUACGGACCUCCCUUCUCAAUCUGGUGGAUUUAGCAGGAUCUGAAAGGCAAAAAGAUACCCAUGCAGAAGGGAUGAGAUUGAAGGAAGCAGGUAACAUAAACCGAUCGUUGAGCUGCCUGGGCCAGGUGAUUACUGCGCUUGUCGAUGUGGGUAAUGGAAAACAGAGACACGUUUGCUACAGAGACUCCAAACUUACCUUCUUACUCCGGGAUUCCCUUGGAGGUAAUGCCAAAACAGCCAUAAUUGCAAAUGUUCAUCCUGGAUCUAGGUGUUUUGGGGAAACCCUAUCAACGCUUAAUUUUGCCCAAAGAGCCAAGCUGAUUAAAAAUAAGGCAGUGGUAAAUGAAGACACGCAAGGAAAUGUGACCCAGCUCCAAGCUGAAGUAAAGAGGCUCAAAGAGCAGCUGGCCCAGCUUACUGCAGGGCAGGUACCACCAGAAAGCUUUCGGACCGGAGACAAAGACGAGACUGACUACAUGAAGUAUUUCCGAGAGGCAAUGUUAUUCUUUAAGAAAUCUGAACAGGAAAAGAAGUCUUUGGUAGAAAAAGUUAGCCAAUUGGAAGACCUCACCCUCAAAAAAGAAAAAUUUAUUCAAUCUAAUAAAAUGAUCGUGAAAUUCCGAGAGGAUCAAAUAAUGCGCCUGGAGAAGCUCCACAAGGAAUCCCGGGGAAGUUUUCUGCCCGAGGAGCAGGAUCGUUUGCUGUCGGAAUUGAGGGAUGAGAUUCAAACUCUGCGAGAACAAGUAGAGCAUCACCCCAGAGUUGCAAAAUAUGCUAUGGAAAAUCAUUCCCUCAGGGAGGAGAACAGAAGACUGAGAUUGUCACAGCCUGUGAAAAGAGCCCACGAAAUGGAUGCCCAGACCAUCACAAUCCUGGAGAAAGCUUUCUUUGAAGUAUCUGGCACAGAGAAAAAUGACAAAAACCAGGUUGUUUCCUUAUUAUCAGGUCAGCAAAGAUUCUCUCCCAAAGCUCCGAAAGAGCCAUGUUCGUUAGCAAACACUGAGAAGUUAAAAGCACAACUCCUGCAAGUUCAGACAGAGCUGAAUAAUUCAAAGCAAGAAUAUGAAGAAUUCAAAGAACUAACUAGGAAAAGGCAGCUGGAAUUAGAAUCAGAGCUUCAGUCUUUGCACAAAGCGAACCUUAAUCUUGAAAACCUUUUGGAAGCAACAAAAGCCUGCAAGCGGCAAGAAGUUUCCCAGCUGAAUAAAAUUCAUGCUGAAACACUUAAGAUCAUAACGACACCAACCAAGGCUUAUCAACUUUGGUCUCGACCACUACCAAAAUUAAGCCCUGAACUGGAGAGCUUUAGCUCUGCACACACUCAGAAUUCUAGCAGAUUGGAUAAGGAUAUCUUAAAUGAACCAUUGCCACCUGAGAUUAAUGAACAAGCUUUUGAAGCCAUUUCUGAAGAGCACAGAAUGGUGCAGGAACAAAUGUGUGCCCUUCAAGUCAAGUUGGAUGAAGAAGAGCAUAAAAACCUAAAGCUUCAGCAGCACAUUGACAAACUGGAACAUCAUUCUACUCAAAUGCAGGAGCUUUUCUCAUCAGAAAGAACUGAUUGGACCAAACAGCAGCAAGGGUAUCUCUCUCAGUUGAAUGUCCUUGAAAAGCAGCUUCAAGACACUCAAAUGAAGAAUGACUUUUUGGAAAGUGAGGUACAUGACCUGCGAGUAGUUCUUCAUUCUGCAGACAAGGAGCUGUCUUCAGUGAAACUGGAGUAUAUUUCAUUCAGAGAGAGUCAGGAGAAAGAACUCAACAGCCUUUCUGAAAGACACAUGCAUGUACAGCUUCAACUGGAUAAUGUCAGAUUGGAAAAUGAAAAGCUUCUUGAGAGCAAAACCUGCCUACAGGAUUCCUAUGACAACUUACAAGAAGUAAUGAAGUUUGAAAUUGACCAACUUUCAAAAAACCUCCAAAACUGCAAAAAAGAAAAUGAAACUCUGAAAUCUGAUCUGAAUAAUUUGAUGGAGCUUUUUGAGGCAGAGAAAGAACGCAAUAACAAAUUAUUAUUACAAUUUGAAGAAGAUAAAGAAAACAGUUCUAAAGAAAUCUUAGAAGUUCUUGAAGCUGUACGUCAGGAGAAACAGAAGGAGAUGGCCAAGUGUGAGCAGCAGAUGGCAAAAGUACAAAAACUAGAAGAGAGUUUGUGUGCUACCGAAAAAGUAAUCAGUUCUCUGGAGAAGUCUAGAGAUGCUGACAAGGAAGUUGUAGCUGACCUCAUGAGCCAGAUCCAGGAGCUAAGAACCUCAGUCUCUGAGAAAACAGAAACCAUAGACACCCUGAGGCAAGAACUGAAGGACAUCAAUGGCAAAUACAAUUCUGCUUUGGUUGACAAAGAAGAGAGCAAAGCAUUGAUUAAGAGACAGGAAGUGGACAUUCUGGAUCUGAAAGAAUCCCUGAGACUGAGAAUACUCUCCGAGGACAUAGAGAGGGACAUGCUCUGUGAGGACCUGGCUCACGCCACUGAGCAGCUGAACAUGCUCACCGAGGCCUCGAAAAAGCACUCGGGGCUUCUGCAGUCGGCCCAGGAGGAGCUGACCAGGAAGGACACCCUCAUCCAGGAGCUUCAGCAUGAGCUAAACCAAAAGAAAGAGGAAGUAGAACAGAAGAAGAAUGAAUAUAACUUCAAAAUGAGGCAACUAGAACAUGUGAUGGAUUCUGCUGCCAAGUAUCCCCAGAGCCCUAAAACACCACCACACUUUCAAACACAUUUGGCGAAACUCCUGGAAACGCAAGAACAAGAGAUAGAAGAUGGGAGAGCCUCCAAAAUUUCUUUGCAACACCUUAUAACAAAGCUAAAUGAAGACAGAGAAGUCAAAAAUGCUGAAAUCCUCAGAAUAAAGGAGCAGUUGUGUGACAUGGAAAACCUACGCCUGGAAGCCAAGCAGUUAAGAGAGAAAAACUGGCUCCUGCAAGGUCAGCUGGAUGAUAUUAAAAGACAAAAGGACAACAGUGAACAGAAUCAUUCAGACAUGCAGCAGCUGAAGAAUGAACAAGAAGAAAUCAAAGAAAGACUUGCUAAAAAUAAAUUGGUUGAAGAAAUGCUAAAAAUGAAAGCAGACCUAGAACAGCUCCAGAGUGCCCUUCAGAACAAAGAGACCGACUACCUUACAAUGACUGAGGAAGUUGAACGAGUUAGAAUGUUGGAGUCAAAAGCAUUCCAAGAAAAGGAACAACUAAGAUCAAAGCUGGAAGAAUUGUAUGAAGAAAAGGAGAGAACAUGCCAGGAGAUGGAAAUGUUAAGGAAGCAGGUGGAGUGUCUCGCUGAGGAAAAUGGGAAGUUGGUAGGUCACCAAAACCUACAUCAGAAGAUCCAGUACGUAGUGCGGCUGAAGAAGGAAAACAUCAGGCUUGCUGAGCUGACAGGGUCUUGGUGCUCUGGCCGGGUGUCAGGCCUAUGCUUCUGAGGUGGGAGAGCUGAGUUCAGGACAUUAGUCCAGCAGAGACCUCCCGGCUCCACACGAUAUCAAAUGGCAAAAGCUCUCCCAGAGAUCUCCAUGUCAAUGCUAAGACCCAGCUCCACUCAAUGACCAGCAAGCUACAGUGCUGGACACCAUGUGCCAAACAACUAGCAAGACAGGAACACAACCCCACCCAUUAGCAGAGAGGCUGCCUAAAAUCAUAAUAAGGUCACAGACACCCCGAAGCACACCACCAGAGGCGGUCCUGCCCACCAGAAAGACAAGAUCCAGCCUUAUCCACCAGAACACAAGCACCAGUCCCCUCCACCAGAAGCCUACACAAGCCACUGAACCAACCAUAGCCACUGGGGGCAGACACCAAAAACAAUGGGAACUGCGAACCUGCAGCCUGUGAAAAGGAGACCCCAAACACAGUAAGUUAGGGAAAAUGAGAAGACAUAGAAACAGCAGAUGAAGGAGCAAGGCAAAAACCCUCCAGACUAAACAAAUGAAGAGGAAAUAAGCACUCUACCUGAAAAAGAAUUCAGAGUAAUGAUAGUAAAGAUGAUCCAAAAUCUUGGAAAUAGAAUGGAGAAAAUACAAGAAAUGUUUAACAAGGACGAAGAAGAACUAAAGAGCAAACAAACAAUGAUGAACAACACAAUAAAUGAAAUUAAAAAUUCUCUGGAAGGAAUCAAUAGCAGAAUAACAGGCAGAAGAACGAAUGAGUGACCUGGAAGAUAAAAUAGUGGAAAUAACUACUGCAGAGCAGAAUAAAGAAAAAAGAAUGAAAAGAAUUGAGACCAGUCUCAGAGACCUCUGGGACAACAUUAAACACACCAACAUUCGAAUUAUAGGGGUCCCAGAAGAAGAAGAGAAAAAGAAAGGGAUUGAGAAAAUAUUUGAAGAGAUUACAGUUGAAAACUUCCCUGAUAUGGGAAAGGAAAUAAUCAAGUACAAGGGCAGAGAGUCCCAUACAGGAUAAAUCCAAGGAGAAACACACCAAGACACAUAUUAAUCAAACUAUCAAAAAUUAAAAACAAAAAAUAUGAAAAGCAACAAGGGAAAAACAACAAAUAACAUACAAAGGAAUCCCCAUAAGGUUAACAGCUGAUCUUUCAGCAGAAACUCUGCAAGCCAGAAGGGAGUGGCAGGACAUAUUUAAAGUGAUGAAACGGAAAAACCUACAACCAAGAUUAGUCUACCCAGCAAGGAUCUCAUUCUGAUUCGACAGAGAAAUUAAAAGCUUUACAGACAAGCAAAAGCUAAAGAAUUCAGCACCAGCAAACCAGCUUUAAAACAAAUGCUAAAGGAACUUCUCUAGGCAGGAAACACAAGAGAAGGAAAAGACCUACAAUAACACCCAAAACAAUUAAAAAUGGUAAUAGGAGCAUCCAUAUCGAUAACUACCUUAAAUGCAAAUGGAUUAAAUGAUCUAACCAAAAGAUAUACACUGGCUGAAUGGAUACAAAAACAAGACCUGUAUAUAUGCUGUCUACAAGAGAUCCACUUCACACCUAGGGACACAUACAAAUUGAAAGUGAGGGGAUGAUAAAAUAUAUUCCAUGCAAGCGGAAAUCAAAAGAAAUCUGGAGUAGCAAUUCUUAUAUCAGACAAAAUAGACUUUAAAAUAAAGGCUAUUACAAGAGACAAAGAGGGACACUACAUAAUGAUCAAGGGAUCAAUCCAAGAAGAAGAUACAACAAUUAUAAAAAUUUAUUCACCCAACAUAGGAGCACCUCAAUACAUAAGGCAAAUGCUAACAGCCAUAAAAGAAGAAAUCGACAGUAACACAAUCAUAGUAGGGAACUUUAACACCCCACUUUCACCAAUGGACAGAUCAUCCAAACUGAAAAUAAAUAAGGAAACACAAGCUUUAAAUGAUACAUUAAACAAGAUGGACUUAAUAUUUAUAGGACAUUCCAUCCAAAAACAUAGAAUACACUUUCUUCUCAAGUGCUCGUGGAACAUUCUCCAGGAUAGAUCAUGUCUUGGGUCACAAAACAAGCCUUGGUAAAUUUAACAAAAUUGAAAUCAUAUCAAGUAUUUUUUCCGACCACAGUGCUAUGAGACUAGAUAUCAAUUACAGGAAAUAAUCUGUAAAAAAUACAAACACAUUAGGCUAAAUAAUACACUACUAAAUAACCAGGAGAUCACUGAAGAAAUCAAAAAGGAAAUCAAAAAAUACCUAGAAACAAAUGACAAUGAAAACACGACGACCCAAAAUCUAUGCAGUACAGCAAAAGCAGUUCUAAGAGGGAAGUUUAUAGCACUACAAUCCUACCUCAAGAAAGAAGAAACAUCUCAAAUAAUCUAACCUUGCACCUAAAGCAAUUAGAGAAAGAAGAACAAAAAAACCCCAAAGUUAGCAGAAGGAAAGAAAUCAUAAAGAUCAGAUCAGAAAUAAGUGAAAAAGAAAUGAAGGAAACAACAGCAAAGAUCAAUAAAACUAAAAGCUAGUUCUUUGAGAAGAUAAACAAAAUUGAUAAACCAUUAGCCAGACUUAUCAAGAAAAAGGGGAGGAGACUCAAGUCUAGAAUUAGAAAUGAAAAAGGACCAGUAACAACUGACACUGCAGAAAUACAAAGGAUUAUGAGAGAUUACUACAAGCAACUAUAUGCCAAUAAAAUGGACAACCUGGAAAUAAUGGACAAAUUCUUAGAAAAGUGCAAACUUCUGAGCCUGAACCAGGAAGAAAUAGAAAAUAUAAACAGACCAAUCACAAGCACUGAAAUUGAGACUGUGAUUAAAAAUCUUCCAACAAACAAAAGCUCACAACUAAAUGGCUUCACAGGCGAAUUCUGUCAAACAUUCAGAGAAGAGAUAACACCUAUCCUUCUCGAACUGUUCCAAAAUGUAGCAGAGGGAGGAACACUCCCAAACUCAUUCUACAAGGCCACCAUCACCCUGUUACCAAAACCAGACAAAGAUGUCACAAAGAAAGAAAACUACAGGCCAAUAUCACUGAUGAACAUAGAUGCAAAAAUCCUCAACAAAAUACUAGCAAACAGAAUCCAACAGCACAUUAAAAGGAUCAUACACCAUGAGCAAGUGGGGUUUAUCCCAGGAACGCAAGGAUUCUUCAACAUAGCAAAUCAAUCAAUGUGACAAACCAUAUUAACAAACUGAAAGAGAAAAAACAUAUGAUCAUCUCAAUAGAUGCAGAAAAAGCUUUCAACAAAAUUCAACACCCAUUUAUGAUAAAAACCCUGCAGAAAGUAGGCAUAGAGGGAACUUUCCUCAACAUAAUAAAGGCCAUAUAUGAAAAACCCACAGCCAACAUCAUUCUCAAUGGUGAAAAACUGAAACCAUUUCCUCUAAGAUCAGGAACAAACAAGGUUGUCCACUCUCACCACUAUUAUGCAACAUAGUUUUGGAAGUUUUAGCCACAGCAAUCAGACAAGAAAAAGGAAUUCAAAGAAUCCAAAUCAGAAAAGAAGUAAAGCUGUCACUGUUUGCAGAUGACAUGAUACUAUACAUAGAGAAUCCUAAAGAUGCUACCAGAAAACUACUAGAACUAAUCAAUGAAUUUGGUAAAGUAGCAAGAUACAAAAUUAAUGCACAGAAAUCUCGUGCAUUCCUAUACACUAAUGGUAAAAAUAUCUGAAAGAGAAAUUAAGGAAACACUCCCAUUUACUAUUGCAACAAAAAGAAUAAAAUACCUAGGAAUAAACCUACCUAAGGAGACAAAAGACCUCUAUGCAGAAAAUUAUAUGACACUGAAGAAAGAAAUUAAAGAUGAUACAAACAGAUGGAGAGAUAUACCAUGUUCUUGGAUUGGAAGAAUCAACAUUGUGAAAAUGACUAUAAUACCCAAAGCAAUCUACAGAUUCAUUGAAAUCCCUAUCAAACUACCAAUGGCAUUUUUCACAGAACUAGAACAAAAAAUUUCACAAUUUGUAUGGAAACACAAAAGACCCCAAAUAGCAAAAGCAAUCUUGAGGGAAAAAAACGGAGCUGGAGGAAUCAGGCUCCCAGACUUCAGACUAUACUACAAAGCUACAGUAAUCAAGACAGUAUGGUACUGGCACAGAAACAGAAAUAUAGCUCAAUGGAACAGGAUAGAAAGCCCAGAGGUAAGCCCACGCACAUAUGGUCACCUCAUUUUUGAUUAAGAAGGCAAGAAUAUACAAUGGAUAAAAGACAGUUUCUUCAGUAAGUGGUGCUGGGGAAACUGGACAGCUACAUGCAAAAGAAUGAAAUUAGAACACUCCCUAACACCAUACACAAAAAUAAACUGAAAAUGUAUUAAAGACCUAAAUGUAAGGCCAGACACUGUAAAACUCUUAGAGGAAAACAUAGGUAGAACACUAUAUGAAAUACAUCACAGCAUGGCCCUUUUUGACCCACCUCCUAGAGAAAGGAAAUAAAAACAAAAAUAAACAAAUGGGACCUAAUGAAUCGUAAAAGCUUUCGUACAGCAAAGGAAACCAUAAACAAGACCAAAAGACAACCCUCAGAAUGGGAGAAUAUAUUUGCAAAUGAAGCAACUGACAAAGGAUUAAUCUCCAAAAUUUACAAGCAGCUCAUGCAGCUCAAUAUCAAAAAAAACAACCCAAUCCAAAAAUGGGCAGAAGACCUAAAUAGACCUUUCUUCAAAGAAGAUAUACAGAUUGCCAUGAAAGGAUGCUCAACAUCACUAACCAUUAGAGAAAUGCAAAUCAAAACUAAAAUGAGGUAUCACCUCACAACAGUCAGAAUUGCUGUCAUCAAAAAAAAAAUGGCCAUCACAAAAUCUACAAACAAUAAAUGCUGUACAGGGUGUGGAGAAAAGGGAACCCUCUUGCACUACUGGUGGGAAUGUAAAUUGAUACAGCCACUAUGGAGAACAGUAUGGAGGUUCCUUAAAAAACUAAAAAUAGAACUACCAUAUGACUCAGCAAUCCCACUACUGGGCAUAUACCCUGAGAAAACCAUAAUUCAAAAACAGUCAUGUACCAAAAUGUUCAUUGCAGCUCUAUUUACAAUAGCCAGGACAUGAAAGCAACCUAAGUGUCCAUCAACAGAUGAAUGGAUAAAGAAGAUGUGGCACAUAUAUACAAUGGAAUAUUAGCCAUAAAAAGAAACGAAAUUGAGUUAUUUGUAGUGAGGUGGAUGGACCUAGGGUCUGCCAUACAGAGUGAAGUAAGUCAGAAAGAGAGAAACAAAUACCGUAUGCUAAUACAUAUAUAUGGAAUCUUAAAAAAAAAAAAAGGUUCUGAAGCACCUAGGGGCAGGACAGGAAUAAAAACACAGACGAGUAGAAUGGACUUGAGGACACGGGGAGGGGGCAGGGUAAGCUGGAACAAAGUGAGGGAGUGGCAUGGACAUAUAUACACUACCAAAUGUAAAAUAGAUAGCUAGUAGGAAGCAGCUGCAUAGCACAGGGAGAUCAUCUGGGUGCUUUGUGACCACCUAGAUGGGUGAGGAUGGGUUGGAGGGAGACACAAGAGGGAGGAGAUACGAGGAUAUAUGUAUAUGUACAGCUGAUUCAUUUUGUUAUACAGCGGAA